AUGGUUCCACAACGGGAACGAUGGCCUGCACCUAUAGGCAAGGGAGAAAGGCUGAUCCUCCUCCAUGCCGGGAGUUGCAAUGGAUUUAUCCCGGGAUGUUGCUUACUAUUUAAAUCUGGGGGUACUGAAGACUACCACGAAGAAAUGGACGGUGUCACUUUUCAAGCCUGGUUCAAGGACACGCUGCUUCCACAACUCAGUACUCCAUCUACAAUUGUAAUGGACAAUGCGUCCUACCACUCGCAACUAUUGGAUAAAGUUCCGAAUAAAAUCAUCAAAAAAAAGGCUGAGAUGCAGGAAUGGCUUCAGCGACAUCACAUUACGUUCGAAGAAGAGAUGACAAAGGCGGAGCUUUUAGAGCUAAUAAUUCAAAAUAAACCCCCAAAUCCCACUUACAUAAUUGAUGAUUUAGCUCGAAAAGCUGGCCACAAGGUUGUUCGACUGCCACCCUACCACUGUCAUUUCAAUAGCAUUGAAUUAAAUCUGGGCUCAGGUUAA